UUCCUGUCUUUGUCAGUGGUGGGAGGAGCAGGUGAGCUGUUAGCUGCUAAACCCAGUGCCUGUUUAAAUCUGGAUUUCACUCUGUUUACCUCCCGCACGUGCACACGGUGAACCGCUCUGUCCGCGCGGCUCCGCUCCGGAACAAUGGUCGUUCUGUCGAACAGCAACGAAGAGCAGGAUUACAUCCUGAUAGAGGAGCGUAAAUGCUCCUCUCUGCCUAGCUCUCCCGCCAAGAGAGUGUCUCCCAGCAAAAAGAAACAUUUCUUUAUCAACCAAGCCAUCCGCAACUCGGACCUCACUCCUCGAGCCAAAGGGAAGAAGAGCCUCCGCCGCCUGGAGAACACACGCUUUCUUGCAAAUCUUCUCGAGAAGGAUGAUUGCUCCACAGAUGAUCUGGAGGUUUGCAGUAACCCGGCCAUCCCCUCCAUCUUCACCGAGGCCUGCACCAACAGAAAUUACGUAGAGCCAUGGAGCGACUUCAUGAACUGCUCCGGUGAGGAGCAGGAGAGGCUGCUGUCUCUGCUCGAGCAGGAGGAGGCCAAGAAGAAAAACCCCAACCCGCUCCUCAAAGACCAGAGGAAUAUAAAUCCUGCCUUCACUGCUCAGGACAGCUUCCAGAGGAUCGACCGCAGGUUGCGAGCCACUCUGAAGCGGAAACAGAUCCCACUGGGAAUUCUUGAAGUACUCGAGGAUAAUCUCCUGAGCUUCUUCAACACACAACCUCGCUCGGUUUACACAACCAACCUCGCCAGCAGCUUUGAGAGGCUGCUGCUUCACGCUGUCUGCCAGUACAUGGACCUCGUCUCUGCAAGCACUGACCACAACGGAUCGCGUCAGACUGAAGUGGUGAACAAACAAGACGAGUUUCUGCCUCCCGCACUUCUGCUGUCGGCCUACCUGGAGCAGAUGAGCUGAGGACAGGGCCGCGCCCAGUCUCCCCUGCAGUGCUCUGCUGCAGGCCGGAGAUGUGGAUGAGCUGCACAAUGUGUAAAGUCCACAAACAGAGCUGAACGAUACCUGCUUCCUUCUGGAUGGUCUGGUAACUUCUUUCAAUUAAUUUGAUUGACAAACCAAUCCAUAUUUCAUUGACACCUGCCUUAGUCUUAGGAUAUAUAUAUAUAUCCUAAGACUAUAUCCAUAAACUGUGUAUAAAGACGGACGCUGCUUCUCCACCUUCUCGCACAACAGUAUUGGAAGUCAUUUGAGUCUGUGCAGUAGUGAUCUGGGGCAGCGAGCGCCCACCGAUACGCCGAUUUCACCAAUCAGUCUCAACUGUCAAUCAUGAGGUUAACUCAUUUAAACAAAAUCCUCUUUUACAAAAUGUAUUAAACGUUUACUUUUUAGUCUGGUCAAUGUCCCAUCUGCUAACAUGGGUGAGGCGGGUAUUGAUAAGGUGGCGAGCUGUCAUGUCGUCCAUAUUUAUAUACAGUCUAUGAUCCUUAAAGUUUUGUUUUUUGGUGUAAUUCAAUGCAUCAUGUAUUUAUUUCUUUAAGAACAAAUGAACUACUGGACUCACAAAACACAAGAACGAAAACAAAAUGUAGGGAAACAUGCUCGCGUGCAUAGAUGGCAAAACAAAGGAGGUUACAGAAAGGAAAAAGUGUGUGACUGGCACAGAAUGAAACGACAGUCACGUUUUCAGAGCAUAAGCGUGACGUUGAGCUGAUGACGUAACUCUUCUCUCAGAUACAGUUCUUUCUGUUUACAUGGCGCGGUGCUACGAUACCAAUCUGAUACAACUUGAGACAAAGUGGGACUCGCAUUAAAGUCUUGCCUUCACAAAAAGAGUGUCAUUUACUUCAUUUUCCAUCAAUUUAAGCUAAAUUCCUAAAACAUAUCAUGUUAUAUGAAUAUAAAUAACAGCACACAAGGUAAACGUUACUUUUUCUAUAGGUUUCAGUGGUUAGAACGGUCUUGCGAGCUCAUAUUUAAUAUUUAUUGCAAUUAUGAACAAUUUCUUAAUAACAAAUAACGACUUAAAAACAAAUUUAAUUUAAAAUUGAAUGUUGUAGUCUCUGUUGAGGCUGUUGGACACUGCAGGGCCCGUAAUGUCUAACGCUGUGUAAAGGUGCUCAGCCGGAGGAAGUGCUCCGCGGCAUCACUGGAUUAGCCUGUCGGAUUUGUAAAGUAGUGAAGUAAGACGCAUGAAUAUUUAUCGUCUAUAUAUGCACAGUCGUCACUCAUCAUCUUACGUAAAUAAAUGUCUCAUCAAGAGUGUAAAAUAACAGACUCUCAUAAUCUUGGUAUGUAAACUGAUUUGUUUUCAUAAUCAUCUCUGUUUGCUCUUUGGGUUCGAUUUUCUUCGGGAUGUGCUUCUGGGGGGGUUUUUUCUUUUCUAUUUAUCUUUCUCUGAUAGCUUUGUCUACCCUGGUCCACACCGCUAUGUUUUACGGUUUGUUACGUAGGGGUGUACUCACUUUUCUUUUAACCAAAGGGUCAAUAUUGAAACAGCCAAGCACAGAAUGCAUAAUAAGUGUAACAUAAAACAAAAUCUCUUUUAGUUUUUUGCCCAUUUUAGAUUAAAUUAGUGAAAGCCUGGCAGCACUGUGGACGAACACAGUGUAUAGACAGCAGACGGCUGCAGCUGCAAAGCCAUAGGAUGGAGCAUAAUGGGCCACUUGAAGAGGAAAAUUAUUCUGAGAUUUGAGAAUAAGCUUUUAAUUUACAAGAUAAUAGUCAUGAUGAUAUGAGAUAAAGUUGUAAUUUUACAUACAUUAUCAUAGGAAUCAGGACUUGAUGGUUUCUUAAGAAACAAUGAGGUUGAACAUCAAGAUUUGGAUCCAGAAAGAUCAAAACUACGGAGAGCAAUGGUUCUGGAAAUCCUAAAUAUGUUUCUCCUCAUUCUUGUAAGUUAGGAUAUUAAAUUGCAACUCUUUUCUCAAGGUGUCAGUUAUUUCUUCUUCAAUAUGACCCUAAUACUCCAUCAUAUAGUAAAGAUGAGGAACUGUACUUUUAGAUUUAAUAAUGGACUUUUACAACACGCACAAUGUUUAAUCAGUUUACACAUGAACACACAACUUCCCUCUUAAAUGAGCUGAUAAUGGAGUGUGAGGAUAAACUGUGUGUACCCACUUUAGUAAGUAUGUUCCAAUGAUAUGAAUUCGACUGAGAUAACUAGAUUUAAGAUGUUUUGAUGGCAAAGACCUGCAGAGUUUUGACUCUCCUAUACGAGUCAAUUCUGUCUGAACAUCUACUUUACCAGAGAAGCACUUCUGCCUUAUGUACACAUGUUUCCAUCUGUGUAUAUAGAUAUUUAUACAUUUAUACUUGACUGGAUGUAGGAAAGAGGUAUCCGGGUUAUUUAAAUAAAAAUAUCUGAUCCCAGAUUACUUUUCAAGCUGCUGCCUGCAGUGUUAGAAAACUUGACUUAUUGGUGCAUUUUGUCAACAACCAAAGUUUGUGUGUUUGUUCUCAACUUCUCAGGCUUUGAAUGUCUCACUCUGAAUGUCAUGUAGUGAUUUCACAUGGUGUCAUUUUUCUGUGUACUGUAAACUCGCCAAAAUGAACUUAUCUAGGUCAUGUUCACCCCAGAACCCCAGGGUGCUGCCAACUUUUUAAAUACUUGUAGACGUAGUACUGCUGUAAAUAAUGAACACACGUAAUUGACUUGUGCCAACAUAAAAAAAAACAAAAGCUUUCUACACUCAACUGUAACUUCUGUGUGUAUAUAACUGUGUGCAGUAGUAUCUUCACUAUUUAUAGGUAUCACUGCUUCUAUUAAAGGAUUCAAGAUCUUCUUUUCUUCUCA